UCUUCUGCAUGACUCCAAUUUUUUUUCAAACUCUCUCUCUCUCUCUGCUUGCUUUCUCUCCAAGUAGCGCGUUUAGAUUGGUCAUAUAGUCAAAGCUCUGCACGAACCAAGUUCCUUUCUCGUUCCUCAGUCUUUGUUCUUUUCCAUUUGUCUGAUUAUUUCAUUCAUCUUUCCCCACCCACUUCCGAGGAUUAGGUUGUAAUCUUUCCUUUUCUCUCUUUCCUUGGUUGUUGGUAUUGUUUGAGGCAAUCCCAAGUUUGAUUUGGAGAAAAGUUGUUUAAUUGGCUUGUCUUGUGUUGGGUUUUUAAUUCUUCCAGAAGCCAACUUGGAAGUUUUUCUUUUAAAUUAGAUUGAGUGAUUUGCUAAGCACGUACCCAGAUUGAGAAAAACAAAACCCAGUUUUGGUUCAUUGUUCCUAGAGUUGACUUGCCGUUAGUUGAUUCAAUUUGGGGUUGUUUUCAUCCAAGGUUUCUGGGUUUUGAACAUCAGGUCAUAGACUUGAGUUUUCAUUAACUUGAGAAGGUUUCUGGGUUUUUGAUAUUUGAUCUACUUGCAAAAGCCUGAUUGAACUUGUGGUUUGAAGUUAUGGAUGGGUCUCAAGGUGGUUCGAAUGCACCAGCUCCUUUUCUUUCGAAAACAUAUGACUUGGUGGAUGAUCCUUCAUCCAACCAUGUGGUGUCUUGGAGUGAAACUGGUUGUAGUUUUGUAGUUUGGGAUCCCACAGAGUUUGCCAAGGAUUUGCUUCCCAUGUAUUUCAAGCACAACAACUUUUCGAGUUUUGUCAGGCAGCUUAAUACAUAUGGGUUUAGGAAGGUUGAUCCUGAGCAGUGGGAGUUUGCAAAUGAGGAAUUCGUAAGAGGAGGAAGGCAUCUACUGAAGAAUAUUCACCGCCGCAAGCCAAUUCAUAGUCACUCCAUGCAAAAUCACGAGUAUUCUUCAGUUCCUUUAAGCGAGAAAGAAAGAGAAGAAUAUGAAAAGAAAAUCAAUAGACUGAAUAAUGAGAAGAGGUUGCUCGAGUUAGAUCUACAAAGACAUCAAAAGGAGAAUCAGGAGUUUGAAUUUGAAAUGCAAUUGUUAAAUGAACAAUUGCAAAAGAUGGAACUUCGGCAGAGGCAAUAUACGACCUUCCUAGCUCAAGUAUUGAAGAAACCAGGGUUUGCCUCUUUACUUAUGCAACAAUCGGAAAAUCAUAACAAAAAGAGAAGACUGUUGAAACCUAACCUCUUUCCUGAUGACUUCAGUAUGGAAGGUUUGAAUUUGAAUUCACAGAAAGAGAACCUGGAUUCAGUUUCAACUUCCACAUCAAAGUCAGACCGGCUUGAGAAAAUGGAGUCUUCCUUAAACUUUUGGGAAGAUUUUCUACGUGGUAUUGAGGAAGCUAUACCUGAAGAAGUAAAUGAUAUUGGCCCUUUGUCUGAGGCCUCUCCCAUCAUUGUUUCAGAAAUGCAAGACCUUGGCAUGAAUAGCAGGCCGUGCUCACCUAUAUCGAAUUUAUCUUCGCCGACUUCAAUGAAUGCUCAUUCAUCCCCAGAGGUGGCUGGGUCUGCAAAUUUUUUCGACAUCCUUGCUAUAUCAUCAAUGUGUCAAACUGUUGAUUUCAGGACUAAAUCUUCAGGACUUGAUAUGAACUCUAAGCCUGAUAGUGCACCUGCACUUGAGGCUCCAAAAGAAAGGGUAGUAGAAAUGACAACCGCUGAGCCUGCUGCAGCAAAUGAUGUCUUUUGGGAGCAAUGUCUAACAGAGACCCCUGGUUUAGAAGAUGCGCAGGAAGUACAAUCGGAAAGAAUGGAUGGUGAUGGCGGAGCGGGUGAUACCAAUGCAGCUGCUCAGAAAAAGCUUUGGUGGAACACAGAUAGUGUAGAUAACUUUACAAACCAAAUAGGGCGCCUCACUCCAGCUACAUAAUUCCAACUGGCCUUAUAAUGUAAAAACUCAAUAUAUACAUUUUAAACUUUAAAUACAAUUACUUAGUAUGUAGUUUCUAGAAGCCAUUCCAAUUUUUCAGCUCGUUCUUGUAGACUUAUAGUGCAUAUCAGGUGAAUAUUUGAUUACUUCUGAUGUAGUGUGGAAUUAGAUAUAUUCAUUAGCCUUUUUGUAUGUAAAUGACUAAAUGUUAUCAGAGGUUGCAGGGAGUUUGUAUUUGCUUAA